AUGACAGGAAAAUUUAUUGACGCUGUAGCUCCAUAUAUACCAUUAUUCGAUGUUGCAACAAAGUUAAUUAAAGAAAUUAUUGAACUUCACGAUGCAGCACAAUAUAACAGAAAUACAUGUGCCAGGUUAAUGGAACGUGUGAUUGAUGCUAAUGGAGCGAUUGAAAAAUUAAAACGAACAAAAAAAAUCAAUGAAAAAAAAUUUAACGACCAAAAUUUUUAUAAUACAUUCCAAAGAUUUACGAAUACUUUGACAAAGAUUAAGAUAUUUGAGGAAGAGUUGUCAAAAAUGGGAAAUUUUAGAAAAACGUUUGAAGCAAGUAUUAUAAAAGAAAAAUUUGUAUCUUUAACGGGAGAAUUUGAUUCAACAAUGAAAGAUUUGAACUUCAUCAUGACGAUUGAUAAUGAAGAACAAAGAAAAAAAGAUGUUGAAAGUUUAGAAGAAGACCAUGCUGAGAUAAUAAAGCUUAUUAAUUAUACUAAAGAAACAGUUAUUGACAAGGUCGAGGCAGUAGUUCAGGAAGUUCAAAUAAUGAGGUUACAACUUGAAGAAAAACUUGACAAUCGUAACGAACACUCAGGCGAUAAAUCAGGUUAUAAAGUUUAUAAACCAGAGUAUAUAGGCAAUGAACAAUUACAAUAUUGCCGCUCGUCCUUAGCGCCUCAUAAUGCGAACAGAAUCAAGAGAAUGUAUCAACGAGUCAUUGAAGUUGAAUGUAAAUCUAUAAAUAUUAGUGAUAAAGCAACAGCUCCAACAUAUCUAGCGAUGAUAGGCAAAUUAGGAAGGUGUCCAUACAUUCUUAAAUUUUAUGGGUUAACUAAUGAUGAAGGAAAAGACCUUCAAGUUUUAGAAUGGACAGAAUUAGGAUCUUUGAAAGGUUUUUAUGACCGUAAUGAUAUCGGAUGGGAAACAAAAGUGAUCCUAGCUCGAGAUAUAUGCCGUGGUAUCGCAUUUUUAAAUUCAGUGAAUGUAUUUCACCAUGAUAUUCGAUGUGAAAAUAUUAUGUUAACAGAACGUUAUGAACCCAAGAUCGCUAAUUUCGAUAUGGCUCGUGAAAUUAAUGAUAUAUCCAAAGAAAUUCCGGAUUUAAAAGUUUUGCGAUGGAUGGCUCCGGAAAAAAUGGAUGGAGCAAAAAAACGUUAUGAUACAAAAUGCGAAAUUUUCAGUUUUGGAAUGAUGCUAUGGGAGCUUGCAUUUGAAAAAUAUCCAUAUAGCAGAUACAAUCAGAAUCAACUUGAGGAAAUAAAAAGAUAUGUACAAAAAGGUUGCAGGGAAAGACUUGUUUUUGGUAAAGCAAAUGAUCAAAAAGAGGAAGAUAUUCAGCAAAAAUUAGCAGAAAUUAUCAAAUCCGGAGAGCUACUUGUACGAAUAGAAGAAUUAUGUGAAAAAUAUGUUGAACGUGGAGCCUUGCCGAAAAUAUAUCCUGAUAAAAAACUAGACCUAGAUGGGUCAAAAUACGCGGAAGAUUAUGAAGAAGAUUUUGAUGACCUCAUAAUUAAUGAUUCGUCAUACAGAAAGUAUACACCUGCUGAGAUUGAGGAAUUUAAAACGUACUUAACGAUGGCUGCUGAAAGAGGAAACAGUUCAGCAUUAUAUCAUUUAGGAGAUCUAUAUCUACAUGGAAAGUUUCAGGUUGAAAAAAAUCGUGAGCUUGCAAUAGAUAAAUUAAGAUUAGCCGCUUCUUAUGGAAAUGAUCCUGCAAGGAAAUUAUUGGAACAAUUAGACACUCAUCUUAGUGAAUCAAUCAUUGAUUGGAUUAUCAACGAAGGUCAUGGUCCUCGUGAUUUAACCGAUUAUUGUGAUGAGUAUUAUAAUACUAUUCGGAAUGCCGUUCAAGCUGUUAAAUGUUCAUUAAUUUCAAUGCUUUUACGAUCAAGUGAAAGGCUUAAAUUUGUAGAUAUUCAUGGCUUUAAUCAUGGAAUAUUUGUAAAGACUUUAGUUGAUUCCCUUUAUAGAAAUUCUUCCGUUAAAAACAUUAGUAUUCAUUCAUCUUACCUCGGUUAUGAUGAUAUAGAAGUAUUAGCUGAUGCUCUUUCUAAAAAUACCUCUCUAAGCUCUUUGAGAAUUGGUUAUGAUCCAAUUGACAUUGAGGCUUUAGCAGAAUCUCUUUGUGAAAAUUCGACUCUCACAUCUUUAGACCUUUCUUAUAAUGAAAUUGGUUCUGAAGAAGGAAUAGCAUUGGCAUGGGCACUUCGAAUGAAUUCAUCUUUAAUCUCUUUAGAUCUUUCCAUUAGUGAAUUUGGUUCGGAAACAAUAAUAAAAGCAAUCAUAAAAGCUUUACGCAAGAACGUAACUUUAACUUUCUUAAGCUUUCAUUUACAUGAUUUUAAUUUUGAAGAUUCUGAUGAUGAUUCUGAUGAACAAAAUGUAUUUAGAAAUAUUAACGAUUUAUUAGAAAAUCUUAAAAAAGAUAUUAGAAAAGACAUUAAAAUUUCUUUGGGA